AUGUCUUCGUCUAAAAGACUGUUCUCGCUCAACCCCUCAUUUCACCACUAUCUAGCAUUGUCUAUCGGAGUAUUUGCCAUAUUGGCAGGGAUACUACAUUAUAUCAUUUCUGGCCGAGCAGAUCCACUGCAUUGCAAUUCCUUGCUUACUAGAGGCACCUGGUUGGAUGAGAACCACCGCAACUGGCAACCCGAGGGUUGUAUGCUACACGCAUACCAAUCAAAGGAUACCGCGCCUUGCCUUGCUUCUAAACGCGUCGUUUUUGUUGGUGACUCCGUAACGCGCUCGUUAUAUUUUCAUUUCAUGCGUAUUGUCGAUCCGAAGCUCCCAAACACUCCUCCUGAUGACGACCACAAGCAUUCGAACUAUUCGUUCACUUCAGAUUCGGUAACAACACUGGAUUUUUUCUGGGAUCCGUAUUUGAAUACAUCAAGCACUCUUUCUCUCGUUCAUGGUCACCUGCCUUCUCUUGGCGUCGAUGACCGUCCUGCUAUGCUUGUCCUAGGCUCGGGCCUAUGGUACUUGCGUUAUGCCACUACAGGUGGCCUCCCUGCCUGGGAAGCGAAUAUAGAGAGUCUUUUGGAAUCUGUCUCUGCAGCACAGAGGAAGCCGGCAGAUGAGGUGGUGAUUCUCCCUGUGGAGGAUAUCGUAUCUUCAAAACUCUCUCCCGAACGUGCCGAAACCAUGCACUCCUCAGAUGUAGAUGCAAUGAACUCGGACCUCCACCAUCGCAUUAAUCCACCACCACCUGCUAUCUAUUCCAUAUUCUCGAGCUCUCCCACGGCUUUACCCGUUUCUUUACCGCUUGUUUUCAAUAAGAUGCUUGACGACGCCAGCACACAAGAUGGACUCCAUUUCUCGGACGACAUCGUGAAAGCACAUGCCAAUAUCCUCCUUAAUUUGCGCUGCAAUAAUUUGUGGCCAAAGACGUCCCCUUUUGACAAGACAUGUUGCCGUGCUUAUCCGUUGCCGUCGUUCUUGCAACUUGCUAUCAUAAUAGCUGUUGUGGUGUACGGACCAAUCGUGUGGUACCUUGCGUACACUCGAAAUCCGACCAAAGGUAUCUCCUUCGCAGGCGAAUAUAGGCCAGCUGUUAUCUUUGGUUUUUCCAUAGGCCUGAUGUUUAUCGCUGAUCGAACUGGCUUCUGGCUGAAAGAACAAAAACAAUUCAACCCGUGGACUUUUGGGUUUCUCGUGCUAUGUCCUCUCGCGGCGGGCCUGGCAACGGUGAGGCGUGCCGAAAAAGAUAUGGGUUUCCUAAACCGCGAUCAAACAGAUGAAUGGAAGGGCUGGAUGCAAGUCGCAAUCCUUAUAUAUCAUUACUUGGGGGCAUCGAAGAUUUCUGGAAUUUACAAUCCUAUUCGCGUGCUAGUCGCGGCAUAUUUGUUCAUGACUGGUUAUGGUCACACGACCUUUUAUAUCAAGAAAGCCGACUUUGGCUUCCUGCGUAUUGCUCAGGUAUUGGUUCGUCUAAAUCUUCUAGUGGUAAUCCUGGUAUACACCAUGGACGUCAAUUACCUUUCGUACUAUUUCCCUCCCCUCGUAUCGAUGUGGUAUCUCAUCGUGUACGGGACGAUGGCGAUAGGCUCGCAAUAUAACGAUCGCAUGCCAUUUCUCUUAUCGAAGAUUGCGAUCUCGAUGGGCAUGCUCACAUGGUUCAUGACUGAGACGUGGAUGCUGGAUGCCGUAUUCACGUUCCUGGAGCGGAUAUUCAGCAUCCAUUGGUCUGCCCGUGAAUGGAGUUUCCGGGUAACUCUUGACCUAUGGGUCGUGUAUUUCGGGAUGCUUCUGGCAAUUGCUGUAAUAAAGAUCCAAGCAUAUCGACUCACCGACCAUCACCUUUGGCCCAUGGCGGUGAAAGCGGCUGUUGGGACUUCUAUUUUUAUCCUGUUGUGGUUCUUCGCGUUUGAACUUAUGCAGGAAAGCAAGUUCACCUAUAACGCAUGGCAUCGAUAUAUAUCAUUCUUGCCCAUUGUAGCAUUCAUCAUUCUCAGGAACGCAAGUUCCUCCCUUCGUUCAUGCAGCUCUCGGGCUUUCGCUUUUAUCGGCAGAUGUUCUUUGGAGGCGUUCAUUAUCCAGUAUCACCUGUGGCUCGCGGGUGACACGAAGGGUGUUCUUGUCCUUCUCCCUGGAACACGCUGGCGCCCAAUAAACUUCGUCAUCUCCACAAUUAUGUUCAUCUACAUCUCCGAUCAUGUUGCCCAUGCCACAGGAGAGCUUACAACGUGGAUAUGCGGAAACAAGGAAACUUCACUUCCCACUUCAACUCGCAACGUCACCCGCCACACGACAUCAUCAGGUUCCAGUGCAGAAUCUGUUCCCCUCACCACCGACAUCCACACGAGUAAGGAUGGCGACAGUCAUCCCAUAAAACCCGAUUCACCCGUGCGACCCACAAGACGAUGGGUGGAUAGAUUAGCUGAUGGCGCAUCGCCACAGCGUUCCCCAGGCUACAAGGUGUGGUAUAAAGGAUCGGGUUGGAGACCCGGAGUAAAAGCCAAGCUAAUGAUGUGGAUGGGAGCGAUGUGGUUGGCUAACUCUUUGUGGACAUCGACAUAG